AUGCAUGUUCACAUCCUCUCCGCUAAAGCCACAGACGACGCUGGAAAUGAACCUGAGAGCAGUACCGACAGCCCCGAUCAGUCUUCAGAAGGUGGCCCGUCCUCUUCCUCACCAGGAAGCCCAUCAAAAUCUAAACAUUCUCAUUUCUCAAAGAAAUUAGGCAAGAAGAAACAAUCGCCAGACAACGGUGGAAAUGAACCUGAGAGCAGUACCGACAGCCCCGAUCAGUCUUUAGAAGGUGGCCCCUCCUCUUCAUCACCAGGAAGCUCAUCAAAAUCUAAACAUUCUCUUUUCUCAAAGAAAUUAGGCAAGAAGAAACAAUCGCCAGAUGAGGGUGGAAAAGAAGCAGAGAGCAGUACCGACAACCCUGAUCAGUCUGCCGGAGGUGGCUCGCCCUUUUCCUGGUCAGGGAACUCAUCGAAACCUAAACAUUCUCAUUUCUCAAAGAAAUUAGGCAAGAAGAAACAAUCGCCAGAUGAGGGUGAAAAGGAAGCAGAGAGCAGUACCGACAACCCUGAUCAGUCUGCAGGAGGUGGCUCGCCCUUUUCCUGGUCAGGGAACUCAUCGAAAUCUAAACAUUCUCAUUUCUCAAAGAAAUUAGGCAAGAAGAAACAAUCGCCAGAAACCACGGAUGAGAGCGGAAACGAAGCAGAGAGCACUACCAGCAACCCUGAUGAGUCUUCAGGAGGCGGCUCGUCCUCCUCAUCAUCGAGCAACUCUUCGAAAUCUAAACUAACCGCCUUUAAAGAGAAAUUUACCCACAAGAAAGAAUCGACUGAAAGCUCCGGUGACGCGUCAUCGAAUAAAGAAAAAGUAUUAACGCUUUUCAAUAAACUCGGAAGUUUACUUAAGAAGAUAUUUGCUUCGAAUUAA